AUGGCAGAAGUCCAGCUCUUUGACCAGGUCGACUUGGAAAACGACAUCUCCAACAAGGCAAACAGGCUUCUUCUCAUCAAAGAUAUCGAGCAAGAUGAGAAGAGGUUGGAGAGAGCAACCAAAGAUCUCAAUGUCACUAUCAAGCACAUUAACCAGUUACGUAGCAGGUUAGCCAACCCCAACACGAAAGUGAGUGAACGGACGCGUAUCAAGGAGCAGAUCAAGUGGUUAGAAGAGAAUGAGCUCGCAGAAAGGAAGCUGGACUUUCAGGAUGUCAAGACGCGUUUAGGUGAGAGUAAAAAAGCCCUCAGUGAGUCACAAAAUAGCAAACGGAAAGCUGGUGAAGGCGGUAGUGGUAACGGUGGCAAUGGUGGCGGCAAGUUGGCCGAUGAGACGGAGAGAGAGUAUCUCAUCAGAACGGGUAAGAUUACUGCUUUCGGCAACGAGAGUGCGUUCCAGCUGCUAGAUAGUCCCGGUGACGAGAAGCAGAGCCAUGUCUUUUUGCGGAAACCGGGGUUUUAUGAAGAUGUCAAUGAGUUGAAAAGUUGUGGAGAAGACUUGGAGGCAGAGGCAAAAGACCAGGAAUACGUGGAGGAGGACGAGGAAGAGCCAGACGAGCCAGAGGCAAAAGACGAUGAUUACGUGUAUGAGGAAGAGGCAGCGGAGCCAGACGCUGUUGAAGAUCAAGAGCUAGAGGAAGAGUUGGAGGAAGAGCAGGAAGAGAUUGAGACUAGAAAUAUAGACGAUGGCGACGAAAGUCGGUACCAGAGAAGAUUGAAGGCUUGGAUACGGCGAAGGUCGCAACUACGAAAAACUGAUGAGCGUCCAGACGAGCCUGAGUGGAUGAAGCCACAUCCCAGCAUCGCGGAUGCCAAGCUCAACGACACAUUUAAGCUACCGGGCGACAUAUACCCGUCGCUUUUCGACUAUCAAAAGACGUGUGUCCAGUGGCUAUGGGAGUUGUACUCGCAAAAGACUGGUGGAAUCAUCGGGGACGAAAUGGGGUUGGGUAAAACCAUCCAAGUCAUUUCUUUCUUGGCAGGUCUCCACUAUUCUGGACUUUUGGACAAGCCGGUCAUUGUUGUUGUUCCGGCCACCGUGCUAAAUCAGUGGGUCAACGAGUUUCACAGAUGGUGGCCGCCGCUACGAUGUGUCAUUUUGCACAGCAUCGGUUCUGGUAUGUCGAAAGACAGGAAAAUAUCCGAAGAAAAGUUGGAAGAGUUUAUGGAAGACUGGGACCCCAAGACUCUGAAGUCUUCCCUCCAGGGUGUCAAGUCGCAGAUCAAUGCCAAGGAGAUAAUCGACAAAGUGCAGGAAAAGGGACAUGUGUUGGUAACAACCUAUGUCGGGUUGCAAAUGUAUUCGAAAUACAUUUUGCCGAAACAGUGGGGGUAUUGCGUUCUAGAUGAAGGACACAAGAUCAGGAACCCCGAUCUGAACAUUUCUUUAACAUGCAAGCAAAUCAAAACCGUCAACAGAAUAAUCUUGUCGGGAACACCAAUCCAGAACAAUCUCACUGAGCUUUGGUCGCUAUUUGAUUUCGUUUUCCCCGGCCGGUUGGGAACUUUGCCUGUUUUCGAUCUGCAAUUUGCCGUUCCGAUCAAGAUUGGCGGGUACGCAAACUCGAACAACUUGCAAGUCAAGACUGCUUACAAAUGCGCCGUGGUGCUACGCGAUCUUAUUUCGCCCUAUUUGCUACGACGUUUAAAGAACGACGUGGCGCAGGACCUUCCGAAAAAGAACGAAAUGGUUUUAUUUGUUCGAUUAACACAAGCGCAGCAGGAAAUGUACGAGCGAUUUCUUGAAAGCGAGGACUUGAAUGCAAUAAUCAAGGGCAAGAGAAACGUCUUGAUGGGAGUCGACACUCUCAGGAAGAUUUGCAAUCACCCCGACUUGGUGUAUCGGGAAGCCCUCAUGCACAGGGAAAGCUACGGCGAUCCCUCCAAGUCGGGCAAAAUGCAAGUGUUGAAGAACCUACUUCAACUAUGGCAAAAGGAAGAGCACAAGACAUUGGUGUUUUGCCAAACGAGGCAGAUGUUGGACAUUUUGGAAAAGUUUGUUGCAAACUUGCCAGUCUUGGGAGACCAAAAAAAGGAUGCCAAAUUCAAUUACUUGAGGAUGGAUGGUAGUACCCCCAUAGUCAAUCGUCAACUGUUGGUUGAUGCAUUCAACAAUGACCCUAAUUUGCACGUCUUUUUGUUGACAACCAAAGUAGGAGGCUUGGGGGUGAAUCUCACUGGUGCAGACAGAGUCAUCAUUUACGACCCCGAUUGGAAUCCGUCCACUGAUAUCCAGGCAAGAGAACGGGCAUGGAGGUUGGGGCAAAAGAAGGACAUUACAAUAUACCGGCUCAUGACCACCGGCUCGAUUGAAGAGAAGAUCUACCAUCGCCAGAUAUUCAAAACCUUUUUGCAGAAUAAGAUUUUGAAAGACCCCAAACAGCGGCGGUUCUUCAAGAAUAGCGACUUGCACGACUUGUUCACGCUAGGGGACCAAAGUGAGCAAGGGACUGAAACUGGUGACAUGUUCAAUGCCGAAGGAGAAGAGAAAUACGGCGGCGACAAGAUUCGAAAAGACAAUUCCUUGAUGAAGAAAAAGUAUAGAAACGACGACGACUUUUACCAAGUCGCCAAAAUCAACGGCGUUUCGAAGCUAGACAAGUUCAACGACGACGAUGGCGAUGGCGAAGAUGGUGGAAGUGACGAGGAUAGCAGGUUCAUGAAGGGAAUCUUUGCCAAAAGUGGUGUGCACAGCACGUUGAAGCACGACCAGAUCAUCGACUCCAACAGCUACGAGGCCAGUUUAGCUGAACAAGAGGCCAGCAAAUAUGCCAACGAAGCUGUCAAUGCCUUGAGGCAGUCUCGGCAAUCGGCGAGGAAGAAUAAAAUCGGGACACCUACUUGGACAGGGAGGUUCGGCAGUGCUGGUAAACUAAAGGGAACUUUCGGUACCAAGAAGAGGAAAACGAACGGUGGAGGUGGAGGUGGAGGUGAAGGUGAAAGUGAAUCUUCGGCGGCAAUUCUUGAAAACUUGAGAAAGAUGAACGAUUUAAAGUCUGAAAAUGAACGCGACGAGGAAAAACUUGACCGUGAAAAGACGGUGGAGAAGUUGCUAAACUAUUUAUCCACUCAGGUCGACCACUUCAGCACCUCAAACGAUAUCAUCAAGGGCAACAAUUUGAAAUUGGUGUCGGACAAGGACAUGAUCAUCAUCAGAUCAAUGUUGAGGGAGAUUGCUGACUGGGACGGCGUGAAGAAAGGCUGGAAAUUGAAAGAGCAGUACGUUUCUAUAUAG